UUUAGAAAGGGUAAGAUAAUGCAUAAAAAUAAAUAUUCGAUUUCAGAUCGAAACAGAAGAUUCCACUCCUACAGUUAUUCGAUCAAAAAGAUUGUUGAUAACAACUGGAGCUUUUAUUAAUACAAAACUCUUCAGCGUCUUGAGAUCUCUGGAAGUUACGAGAUACAAAAGAAGUGUAGCUUUACUAAGAAUUUCAGAAGAGGAAGCAAAGAGGUUGAGCUCGAUGCCAUCACUAAUCUAUCGAGGAAAAUACGAUAAUCCUCCACACAAGGAAAGAUCCGCUUAUAUUUUACCUCCAAUAAAAUACCCUGACGGAAACACUUAUCUCAAGAUAGGAUAUUAUGGAAGUGAUAUGGAAGUUGAGAAACUAGAUGAUAUUAAACAAUGGUUUUUAUCAGAAGGUGAUAAGGAAUCAAUUGAUCUUGGAGUGAAAUUAUUAUUUGAACGAAUACCAGGUCUAAAAUCGGAAGAAGUCACUAGCUCUACGUGUGUCAACUGUUACACUCCAUCAGGUCUACCUUAUAUCGAUCGAAUAACUCCUACUCUAACAGUGGCGAUAGCAGGAAAUGGAAAAGGAGCGAAAUUCUCUGAUGAAGUUGGCAGAUUGGCUGCGAAACUCUGCAUUGAUGGCUUGUGGGAUUCUCGUGUUUCGCAAUCAAGAUUUAAGGCCGAAUUUUCUGAUGAUUAAUUAGAGAAAAAACAAGUCUAAGCAA